CGAGAUGUUGCUGUGCAGAAGAUUGAGACAAUUAUAAAAGAACAGUUUGCCGUCGAAAUGAAGAGUAAAGAACAUGAAAUUGAAGUUAUAGAUCAGCGCCUGAUUGAAGCACGAAGGAUGAUGGACAAGCUGCGUGCCUGCAUUGUGGCCAACUAUUAUGCAUCUGCUGGUCUCCUGAAAGCUGGAGAGGGGACCAGGUCAUGUGAUGCGACCAUUCUUAAUCACCCUUCAAUCAAGAAGUUCUUGGAAUCCCCCUCUCGGUCCUCGUCCCCAGCUCACCAGGGCUCAGACACUCCCUCUGCCAACCACUCGGAGAGCGACUCGCUCUCCCAGCACAACGACUUCCUCUCUGACAAGGACAACGGCCCCUCGGAGGGGGAGGAGCGGCUGGCAGAGCGCCUGGCACACAGCCUGGACCAGAGGCAGGGCAGAACCGCCCGGGACAGCUUGGGUGUUCCAAGCUCUCAGAAAACAGGACAACGAAAUGCUGGACUGGCAAGUGAUGAAACUUCACGACUUUAUGUGAAGAAAACGAUUGUGGUUGGCAACGUCUCCAAGUACAUUCCCCCUGACAAGAGAGAAGAGAACGAUCAGUCCACCCAUAAAUGGAUGGUGUAUGUCCGAGGCUCUCGCAGAGAACCCAGCAUAAACCAUUUUGUCAAGAAAGUUUGGUUCUUCCUCCAUCCCAGUUACAAACCUAAUGACCUGGUAGAAGUGAGAGAACCUCCGUUUCACCUGACCAGGAGAGGCUGGGGAGAGUUUCCUGUGAGAGUGCAGAUCCACUUCAAGGAUAGCCAAAACAAGAGGAUCGACAUCAUACACAAUUUGAAGCUGGACAGGACCUACACAGGCCUGCAGACACUUGGUGCAGAAACGGUUGUGGAUGUGGAGCUACAUAGGCAUUCCCUUGGGGAGGAGUAUCUCUUCUCCCAGUCUUCAGAGUCUGACCUUUCUGACGUUCCUACAUCUAUACCACUGCCACUGAGUAUCCCAGCACCAGUCAAAGCUUCUUCCCCUAUCAAACAGCUGCGGGACUCCAGCCCAGAUGCUUCUGUGGACAAAGGAUUCCCUGGGAAUGCUGAAACGGACAGACAUGCCACGUUUUAUUCCCUGCCAUCCUCCAUAGAGCGGACUCCCACCAAGUUAGCCACACAGAAAGUUGCCUUUGGCUCUCAUGGAAAUUCAGCUUUUCAACCCAUUGCAGCUAGCUGUAAAAUAGUGCCUCAAGGUCAGAGUCCAAGCCCUGCAGAGUCACCAGGAAAAUCCUUCCAGCCUAUCACCAUGAGUUGCAAGAUUGUAUCAGGUUCUCCAAUAUCGACCCCUAGUCCAUCUCCGCUGCCUCGCACCCCGACCUCCACUCCGGUGCACAUGAAGCAAGGCUCUGCUAGUGCAGCCAUUAACAAUCCCUAUAUUAUUGUGGACAAGCCUGGACAGAUGGUUGGAGCAACAGCCACGAGCACAGGGAGCCCAACCAGCAAACUGAGCAGUGUUUGUCAGGCCUCUCACGGGACUGGAUCUCCUGUCUCAAAGAGCCACGGGAGCAGUUUUGUCACCUCAGCUGUCAAGCAGGAGGAUUCUCUGUUUGCCACCAUGCCACCCCUUUGUCCCAUUGGGAGUCAUUCCAAGGUGCAAAGCCCCAAAUCGGUCACGGGAGGACUUGGAGCUUUUACAAAGGUGAUAAUAAAGCAGGAGCCCGGAGAGCUGCCCCAGCACGGCCCGCUG